AAAUUGUCUUAAUAAGUUCAUCUUCUGAGACAGUUCUGUGCAUGGGGCACCCUGCAGUCCUUGACCACUGUUUUUGACAAUAAUCACAAGUACCGAGAGAUUAAAUUUACAUGUCUGAAGAAGUGGUAAUUGCGUAUAAAAAUACACUCCGUAUAUAUUUGUCUGUCAGUUCGCUAAAGAUCUGUUACCGAAAACAACGACACUUUUAGAGUAGAGCCUGCAAGAAAUAAGAUCAUGCUUUUAUUAAAGAUUUUACUAACAAUAUUUGAUAAAAAAGUGAAGAAUUUGUGCACUAGGUUGCUCUAAUAUCAUAUCUACUCUGAAUUUGUUUCGACCCUAACGUAUGUGUAUUCUACUUCAUGGUCUUGGGAAAAAAAUAGAUGUCAUAUGCACAUAUUUAUCUAUCUGUUCAGUUUCAGCAGUAGAGAACAAUCAGAUUUUUUGAAGAGGCUGCUAGUCUGUAAUUCCCUUUGUUAUAACGGUAUUGUUGUAGGAAUUAUUACGCUGGUAUCUUUGUCAUUAGCGGCAAUGUUUGUGUCCUGCAGUGACCUGUCCCAGUAAAUUAAAAACAAACUGUGUAGACCCUGUCCGCCUGUUGCAAACUGACAUGGUUCUGUACAGUUCACAACAGGUUAUACGCGGACAUCUCUCACAUAUUUUUGUUUCAUAAUUCACCAGUGAUUUCUGUGUUUCAAAAUGUAGCCUCGAUUUGAUAGACUGCAUUAAAGCUGUUUUGUAAAGAAGCUCCACCCCUACUCCGCCAUCAACCUGUGAACUCCUAUGAAAUAUUUAACACUUGCAAGAAUAUGUUUGGGUUAGAUUGAUGACAAGAUAAUAAGCCUAACAAAUUUGAUCGGUUUUCAUCAAUAACAAUACACUAGACACUAGCAUGUUGUUAUGUUAGUUUCUCUGAGACAUAUGUUGAAGUAGAACCACGGUUGUACAACCUAAUAUAUCUGAAUAACUCAGCGACUAUAGGAUAUCGUAUUUAUAUGCUUGUGAUUGAGAAGAGACACAGAAUAAUACAUUGUACAACCAAUCUAACUUGUUGUCCAGGAUGUUUACAAAAGCCAGCGCUUUCUAUCUUCUUACAAACAUUAUCAUCAUCUAUGGUUCCUCUGACGUAAUGAAACAUGGUGACGUCAUAAUUGGGCAAUUACUUCCCAUGCACCAGUCCUCUGGAAAUCCCAGAUGCAAGGUCCCUGAUCUCACGAGCAUCAUCAAAUUCGAAGCACUAGUUUACGCCACGAACCGGUUAACCAAAGAAAUGGAUCUGAAAGUCGGUUAUCAUCUCAUAGAUUCCUGCUCAAAAACUGAACCUCGUGCCAAGAUUAAAUUCGCUGUACAGAAAUGGUUUAAAGAUGGGCAAAAUGCAUCACGUAUUCCCAUUGCCAUCAUCACAGAUAUCUCUGACCGUGAGGGCUUCUAUUCUUUUGCAUCAGAGCGACAAAGUCAGGGUAAAAAAAUGCCUUUAAUUAGUUUAAAACAUCCUGGAAAAUUAUGGAAUUCAUAUUCGAUGAAUCCACAGAAUGGUUUUGUACAACGCGGGGUGUUUGGUUUAGUUCGUCACCUUGAUUGGAACAUUCUUGACAUUGUUAAAGAUGACAAUGAUAAUGGAUUUGAAAAGUUUAAAAAAAUUAACAAGGCUGGUAGUAUAUGUUUGUUGAAUGAACUUUCUUUUAAUGGUGAUAAGUUGACGUGGCUAAAACGAGGAAGAAAGACAUCCCCUGUCGCUGUUCUGUUUUCAAAAGAUGACACAAGUUCAGAUGUUAUCGACCAACUACCGAACUAUAAUUUGUCUGACUGGAAUAUAUUACUCGGACAUGAGGUAUCUCAAGGUAAGGGACGCUGGGCAACCAACAUGGCGGGGGUAGUUGGAAUACGAAGGAACUAUGGAAAUUUGAUGGAUUUUGAAAAACACCUCAAAACUUCAAAGCUAUUUAAAUCUGCUGUAACAAAAAGAUUUUGUUCAAAUCAAACUGCUGAGGUGUGCGCUGGUCAUAAAGAUAAAUUUAUAGAUCAAAAUAUACAUCAUGGCGCUUCGGUGAUUGACGCAGUUUACGCUAUUAUAAAAUCCCGUCAAACUGGUUCGAACAGGUCAUCAGAAACAAGUUUAACUGGAAUUCGUGUAACCAGCGAUACUGGUGAAGUCGUGAGCUUCGAUACGGACGAUAUGACGAGAAAUUAUUUCAGUUAUGAUGUUUUGAAUUUUCGUGGAAAUCGUUUCAUGAAAGUUGGUAAAAUCCAGUUUGGUCCUUCAAUGAAGGUAACGCUCAGUGAUCAGAUUUUUUGGAGGAAUCAGAGCCCACAUGGAAGAUGCUCAGCGGAUUGCAAACCAGGAACGUGGCGAGAGAUCUGGGGUGAAGCUAAACAAUGUUGCUGGGAUUGUCGGCCUUGUGUUCCUGGAACUGUAUCCUCAUACGCGAAUGAGACCAGCUGUGUGAAAUGCCCGAUCGGAACUAAGCCAACAUCGGAUCAAACAAAAUGUCAACCUCCGUAUAUCGACUACUUAAAGUGGCAUGAUCCGUUUAGUCUUGUCAUGAUAUUUCUGCACGCUUUCACAAUAUGCUUCCUUGUGUAUGCUGUAAACAUUUUCGUAAAAAAAGCGAAUACCCCUGUGUUCCAGCGAUCCAAAAGUGCCUCUCUACCUCUCUUAUUAUCCCUGUUUGUCACCUUUGUAUUGCCUAUCCUACUCCUGGUAAAACCAACGCAGAGUUCAUGUGGCGCUUACAACGCGAUAUUCAUGUUCUCUCUGGGAAUACCGCUGACGUUUUUGAUCGCACGGAGCCACGUGGUGCUCAACUAUUGCUAUGGUGACGAUGGGGAAUUAAAACGUAAGUGGUUUCAUUGUAGCCCCCAAACCGUAAUUAGCUUCGCUCUGAUCAUCCUUCAACUGAUUGUCGUCGUGAUCGUCCUCACUGUCGCUCCCCCGAAAGUUCAAACCUUUACCUCCCCCGGAUCUGAUGUGGAGUACAUUGAAUGUACGUCGCAUUCAAGACCGGAGUUUCUACCUCUGGUAUUCUUUAUCCUGGUGUUGAUAAUGGCCUUCAAUAUCCUUCACAUGAACGAAGAAUCCUCUCCACUUAAUCAAAACGAAGUGAAAUUCGUCUCCUUUGGUAUCUACCUGAUGUAUUCUAUAUUGUUUGCCUAUUUUGUUGCGGUGUUUGGCAUAAAUGGUAAGAAGAAAAUCCGCGUCCUGUGUGCAAUGGCGUAUCUGUUUGGAGCAAACUUUCUGGCAACAAUAUUUCUGCCAAAGAUCUACGUGAUCAUGUUCCAGCCGGAGAAAAAUCUGCCUGACCUGAGUCAUUUGUUGAAAGAUGAAAAUGGUAACCAGGAACGAUUGGCGCAUCGGGAGUGUGUUGAAUCACCUUUACUGGGACUGCAGGCAGGCCCAUAUGAUCGCACGGAGGUCUAGGAACUAAAGCGCACUGCAUGUCUUGGAAUGAAUAGCAUAAAACCUGGCAUAAAACAGAAAACUUUAUUUGAAAUGCCAACAAAGAAGGGCGUUUUGCACGUGACCCCGCACUAAAAACAUAAGUCGUUUCAUUUUAAUAGAAUUAUUGUUCUGUUGAAAUAAAGAUUAUCAAAUAUAACUGAACAGUGAAUA